CAGGCGCGGUGCGAGCCGGCACCGGCGCCCGGCGGGUCGCGGAGGGAGCUUGCCGUGGUCCUCUGCCCCUCCGUCCUGCUGCAAUGAGUGGCAAGUCCUUGCUCUUAAAGGUCAUUCUCCUUGGGGAUGGUGGAGUUGGGAAAAGUUCCCUCAUGAACCGGUACGUCACCAACAAGUUUGACUCGCAGGCUUUCCACACCAUUGGGGUGGAGUUCCUAAACCGGGACCUGGAGGUGGAUGGACGUUUUGUGACCCUCCAGAUUUGGGACACUGCAGGACAGGAGAGAUUCAAGAGCUUGCGAACCCCGUUUUACAGGGGAGCAGACUGCUGCCUGCUGACCUUCAGUGUGGAUGACCGGCAGAGCUUUGAGAACCUCAGUAACUGGCAGAAGGAGUUUGUCUAUUAUGCUGACGUGAAGGACCCUGAACACUUUCCAUUCGUAGUCCUGGGCAACAAGAUAGACAAGCUUGAGAGACAAGUGAGCACAGAGGAGGCCCAGGCCUGGUGCAUGGAGAACGGUAACUAUCCAUACCUGGAGACUAGUGCCAAGGAUGACACCAAUGUGGCAGUGGCCUUUGAGGAGGCUGUGCGACAGGUACUGGCGGUGGAGGAACAGCUGGAGCACUGCAUGCUGGGCCACACCAUUGACCUGCACUCCAGCUCCAAAUCAGGGUCCUCCUGUUGUUAGGAGCAGCUGCUGCUUCGGGAACGUCGCUUGAGCCAGCGGCUGGAUCAGGACAAGCACUGGGGCAGCUCUGGGGCACUCUGAGGAGCGUGGCCACAAGGACAGUAGGUGGUUUGCUCACUGAGGAGUUGCAGCUUCACCAUCCGAGUUCUGGCUGGAGUUUUUGGGCACAGAGCAUGUAUCUGCAGGAGGGAGCUGUUAAAAGAGCAUGUGAGCGUAGUCCUGCUUCCAUCUCUGCCUGUCGUAGCAGGUUUAAAGGACUGGGUUAAAGUCCUUUAAAUUCACUAAAGACAGUAGUGAUCUGAUCUGUACCAAGAACUGCCUGCAGAACACAGCUGAGAGCACCCUAGACAGUCUGUGAAGUAUUUUAGCCCUGAACUCAAACAAAUACUAGACCCACUAAACUCAUGACCUUACUGCCAAAGGAAUGUCUGCUCAGCAUACUGAACGAAACCUGCUGUAGAGACUCUAGCCCAUGCAACUGUGAGAAUGCCAAAUACCAGAGUGGCUGAGAUGAGUGUAUCUGUUGUCUGGGAUAAGUGCGUUUUGUCCUGAGACUGAAUUGUCCUGAGAAUUGUUACAGCUCUGAUGUGAAGCACCAUAUGAAGGAGGGAUGGACCCGUAUUUGAAUGUGGCAGCAUCGCUUCUUCGUAGCUGCCUAUUCCUGAUCUGUUUUUUCUCACCUCUAACUCUGUCUUGUGUGAGUGUUAUUUUGUGGAGAGACUGCUUCUUGUUUAAUAUAUGUUUCCUUGUCUCUUGUGGAGGCCUAACACCGGAUCUGGCUUCUCAUACCUUGAAGCCCUGGAUGAAAAAUACUGAUGUGGACACUCUCUGGGUCGUGUCAGAGGGUUUAGAGUUCCUCAGGAGUUCAGGAGAUCUGGAGCGUGAAACUUCUGCUGUUUUCUGUCACAAGUCAUCACUGUGCCCAGAUGUUACGCUCUAGCAGAGCGGAUAGAGGUGGGACAUCUCUGGGGUGUGCAGGUAGCUGAGGGAGUCAUGUGUGGUCAGCUGCUAAACCCACUCUGUGUCCGGGGCUGGUGACCACUGUGCUAUGUGAGCCGGUGGAUCAGCAUCUUCAGUUGCUUUAGCACAGAUGUUCUCAUCUGGAUGCUGCAACUUAAAACUGUUCACUUUAUUACCUGUUGUCAGGUGCGGUGCUGCUGAGCACAGUGAACUCAUGCCCUUGUCCUGGCCCUCACUCCUUAACAGGGAAUCUGUUUUAUCUGUAAUUCAUAUGACAGACCUUAUUUGUAGAGGAUGUCCUGUCGGUUAACUGGCCACUGCUGUUAAUGGUCACUGCACCAGUUCCACCUCUGUUCAAGGUGGCUGAAAAAUGGUAGGGGGAGGCAAGGAACCUUCUAGAAAAGGACAUCAGGCUUCACUGGUCCUGAUUGCUGCCCCCUGCUAGGUGUUAGUCCCAAGCUAUCUGUGUAGCAAAGAGAUGAAUGCUUGCUGACUGCUGUCUUUACCAUUAAAACCUCAUGUCUUGCAACUUCCCAUGCAAGCAUUGUCCAAAACGAUGACUUUGCCCACAAGCACAUAGGAGCCUGCCACGGGGAGAGCUUCCUUGAGUCCAUAUCUGCUAGCUGCUGAGUGCAGUUCCCACUGUGAUGAGCUACUGGAUGGUAAAUUCUGUAGCUCUAAUUGAGCAGCCUCACUGAUGCUGUGCUUUAGAGCUGGGCACUCUGCCCUCGUGCUGGCUGCUGGCAGCUAAUCCCCAUCACUCCGAGCAUGCAGGGAGCCUCCUCUGGGGGAACUCAGGGUGAUCCUGCCCUUCUCUGCAGGGCGGCCGUCUGUGGAAGGGACUGAAUCUUUAAUGCAAAGUGCUUUAGAGGGAUCUGAUUUCUAAACAGGGCUGAACACUCAUAUUCACAGGGGUAGAUGGGGAGUGUUUGCAGUCUCUGGGAAACCAGGUCCCUUGAGGUAUAAGAGAAGGCUCUGCCUCUGCAGAUGCAACAGAUUUUUACAGGAUAUUAAAGUUAUUGUUACUAUUUACCAAUGUGUGACCUCCCCAGGCCUCUAGAUUCUUCUUCAGUUUAACACGGCUUUAUAUUUCCUUCAAGAUCCCCCAUUCCGUUGCCUGUGGUUCUGAUUUACAUCUUGGAACAGACACGUUCCCCCAGAGCUGUUUGUGUAGGGUCCAAGGUCAGGACAGGCUCAGGCCCUUGCACUGAGGGAGCUCCCUGGAGGUGAACCUGCCGCUUCCCAUGGGAUCUGUGUGAGGCCUCCUGUGGAAGAGGUCAGAGAUUGAACCUGCACCUGGGUCGGGGCAGUCCCAGGCAUAGCUACAGGUUGGGUGGAGAAGAGAUUCAGAGCAGCCCUGUGGAGAAGGACUUGGGGGUGUUGGUUGAUGAGAAACUGAACAUGAGCCGGCUUCAGUGUGCACUUGCAGCCCAGAAACCACCCGUAUCGUGGGCUGCAUCAAAAGAAGCGUGACUAGCAGGUCAAAAGAGGUGAUCCUGCCCCUCUACUCUGCUCUCGUGAGACCUCACUUGGAGUACUGUGUACAGUUCUGGUGUCCUCAACAUAAAAAGGACAUGGAGCUGUUGGAGCGAGUCCAGAGGAGGCCAUGAGGAUGAUCAGGGGCUGGAGCACCUCCCGUAUGAAGACAGGCUGAGAGACUUGGGGCUGUUCAGCCUGGAGAAGAGAAGCUGCGUGGAGACCUCAGAGCAGCUUCCAGUGUCUGAAGGGGGCCUAUAAGGAUGCUGGGGAGGGACUCUUCAUUAGGGACUGUAGUGAUAGAACAAGGGGUGAUGGGUUCAAACUGAAACAAGGGAAGUUCAGGUUAGAUAUAAGGAAGAAGUUCUUUACUGUGAGGGUGCUGAGGCACUGGCACAGGGUGCCCAAAGACGUGGUAAAUGCUCCACCCCUGGUGGUGUUCAAGGCCAGGCUGGACAGAGCCUUGGGCAGCAUGGUCUAGUGUGAGGUGUCCCUGCCCAUGGCAGGGGGGCUGGAACUAGAUGAUCUUAAGGUCCUUUCCAACCCAACCCAUUCUAUGAUUCUAUGACUGAACAAGCUGCAGUGCAGGAGGCACGGGUGCAGCACGCUGUUUGCUGUACCUUGGGUGCAUGUUGAUGCUGAUAGCUGAAGCUCAAGAUCCUCAUUGUACACCGGCUGUGCAGAGGGUAUGUACAGAGGGUGUUACACAGUGUCUUUUAUUCCUAACACACCUUGGAUCAUUGACUUUAAAAACCAAACCAACCACAACUAUUUUAUUAGGUUUAUGUGUUUUUAAAAUCCACUUUAAAAAGUAUAUUGAAACGGUUUAUUUUAAAGACACGCACAAAGGAGCCAGGAUUUUGUCACAAAAUUCCAUGCCAACAGCCACCCCCUCCCUGUGUCCACUCCUGCUGCUGUGGUUGUUGCUAUUGCUACAGAACUGGAAUUGUAAAACCGAGAUUUAUUUAAGCAAAUAAAACCUGGAUGUAUUCAAGUGGA